AUGCUGUACUUCCUUGUAACUGCAAUGUACCCUCGCUUCCUCAUCAUGCUCGAUGAGAACCUCGAGAGCAAGCCCAUCACUGUUCGCAUGCCAGGUCAGGCUGUGGACGUCAUCGGCCAAGCGGGCAAACUACGAACGAUAUCAGGCUUCCAAACGCACCAGACGCCUGUACAACUGGGGACGACAGAGCGCGCGGAGUUAACGACGGAGGAAUUCAUCCCGUAUGCGCAUGUUCUAGAGGGCUUCGUUGUAUUACAGAAGAACCCUGGAUGGGGGAGGGAGGAUACGAUGCAGAUGUAG